UUUCAAACGCUUAUUGCUCUCUGGUCUUGAAGAAAUCUGACAAUUUUUCUUGGUAGGGCAGAGCACGCGGAGAACUCCGAUUUGAACAUUUGCGGAGAGAAGACUCGACAGGAAUCAGCCACAUGGCGUGGUCAAGGAGUCUGCGUCUGUUCGCCUCCGUGUGCUUGUGUCUCGGUGUUGCGGUGGAAUGCCACCUGCGUCCCGAUGGGAGAGGAGUCUGCUCUCGGAACACCACGACUAUCAUGUCUUACUUGUCGACCGGGACCUUGACAUCCAGGAUCAUGUACAGAAUCACCCGCAUCACUGACUACCAGUGCUGCUUGGGGUGGUUUGAGAGCGGGGACGAGUGCCCGAUAUUCGGCUGCAUGAACGAGUGUCUGAACGGCGGCUCUUGCAUCAGUAACAACACCUGCGCCUGCAUGCCUGGCUACACGGGAGGCGCGUGCGAAAACGAUCUGGAUGAGUGCACGAGCGGCCAGCAUUGGUGCGAGCAAGGCUGCUCCAACACCAUCGGCUCGUUCGUGUGCACCUGUGAUCCGGGCUACUACCUGGGCGACGACCGGAGCACUUGUGUUGACAUUGACGAGUGCGCCGUCUCCAACGGGAACUGCAGCGAGAUCUGCCUGAAUUUCAUCGGCGCGUUCCGGUGCGAUUGCCGAUCCGGAUACGCCCUCGCGGACGACGGCUACAACUGCACAGAUAUAGACGAAUGCCUGGACGGCAACGGUUUCUGUCAAAUGAUCUGCCGGAACACCGCGGGCUCCUACGCGUGCGCCUGCGAUCCUGGGUUUUUCCUACAGACUGACAACAGCACGUGCGCAGAUGUGAACGAGUGCAACGCCGCCAAUGGAGGUUGUGCGGAGUUUUGUACCAACACAUACGGCUCAUAUCACUGUUCGUGCAAACCAGGCACCGAGCUGGAAGCCAACAACCGUCUCUGCAAAGACAUUGACGAAUGCGCCGUGAACAACGGAGGCUGCGGGCAGAACUGCAAAAACACGGCAGGCAGCUUCGAGUGCGCCUGCAAUCCGGGCUACGCGAUGAUGUUCAACUCGGUCACGUGCUUGCCCUGCGGCGGUAAUUAUUCGGCACUGGAGGGAAGUCUUUCCUCGCCGGGCUACCCGUACGUGGGCUUCGGCACAAGCGAGCCUUGCGUGUGGAACAUCAGCGCACCCGACGUGUACAACCGCGUGAACCUCACCUGCCUCUCCGUGCGGUUCAACGACGUGGGCACGUGCGACCUGGGUUUCGUGAGGGUGACCUCGCUGCCGUCAAGCACCCGGACCUGGUGCUCCACCCCGGCGUCCCCCUUCUUCGGUGGCAAGAGCAUGCUCCUGGAAUACUUUAACAACGCCACGGGCCCUGACACGGGCUUCCACUGCCACUACGCAGCCGCCUACAAAAAGACGCUCAUCAUGACGCCGGCCCGAGCCAACGUUGUCUCGCCCAACGACGCCGCGGGGUUUUACGUCAACAACGCGAAUCACACGUACGUCGUGCAGGCCGCCAGCACCAGCCGCAUCUGCCUGGAGUUCCUCAGCUUCAGCCUGGAGAGCACCUCCGACUGCAGCAAGGACUACGUGGCCGUGUACGACGGUGAACUGGCCACCGCUCCCCAGAUCGGCAAGUUCUGCGGGAACUCGAUCCCGGCCAAAGUCAACUCGAGCGCCAAUGGGAUGGUCAUCUCGUUCAUCUCAGACGGAGACACAGUGGACCGUGGCUUCAGUGGCAUCUACACCGCAAAGUCUGCAUUGAAUUUUGUCUGCUGAGAAGAUCUGUUCCACCAAUGUUCCGGGCAUCUUAUCCUACAUUUUUUCUGAUCAUCUCUUCUGCUUCCUAUUUAAAAAGCAUGCUGCUUGUGUCUUGUUAGUUCACUGCUUACUCUUUGGUUCUUUCGGUAAAGUCACGUAGGUAGAAAAAUAACAGAUCAAGAUGGUUUGCUGUGGUUGUCCCACCUGGUGACGAUUGCUUGUGUUGCGAUCGAAACGUCUUUGAUCUAUUAUUUUUCUAACUACGUGACUUUACCGAAAGAACCAAAGAGUAUGGAUUCCUGCAGUCACGAAAGCUUCAAAUCAAGAUUAUUUCACUGCUUGCCUAACCGAACUGUUCAUAAAAAAAACCCACUAUGCAUUUAGAAAACUAAAUAAAUAAACAGACCUCCGUUUGUCUCUCCACAAUCAGAUUAAGAUAAUUAUUUAUUUCAUCAGCAUCAACAAGUGGGCAUCAUAUGGGCCAAUUUUAUCCGACAUUAUAUGUAUAAACCAUGAUUCUCUCAACUGAUGGUCCACUGGUCACGUGCGGCCCACCAAGAUAUUUGGCCCAACAAGACCGAGCGGAUAAGUGAGCUGUCGACAAGUGGCAGGGAUUGCUGGUCACGUGUACAGAUUGUAUGACAUCACAACCCCGCGUGACGUCGUAGCGUACGACCACGUGACUAGCCAGUAUGGCGCACGUGUGAUAACGGGACUGGAACCUCCUUCAGCAGUCCAGCGGUGCUACCUACACCAGCACAGGCGGAUUGUAUUACGUGGCCCACCGGCAAAAUAUAUAUAUACUUAAAUAUCCUCGGUAUAAACGAAUUGUAGGGACUGGUUUUAAUCUUCUGGGUCUCAUCGGCAGAUUUUGGUUUGUCAAAACGAAUGCUGUAAGUCAUGGGUUCCCGGAUGCUGUUGGCAAGAGCACUGCCAUCUACACAAUCGGGUCCUGUUCAACGCAAUAAAAGCAACUGGAUAACAAUUGAUUGUGUUGUUGUAGAACAAUAUGGGUUAUAAAAUACACAAGACCUCCAUUUGUGUCGCCACAAUAGUGUGCUACAACAGCAUAAAAGAGUGUCGUGUGGAUUGCUUUAUAAAUAAACGUGUCCGUCUGUUAUGUACGUGAAUUAUAAAUGUACAGUAUAUAUAAUGUAAAGAGUUGAGAGAGAAUUAAUA